AUGAGCAGAAAAGGUCAUAAAGGGAAUAAGGAAGAGUCCUCAAGUGGUGAUGGGGAUGGAAGCUUUUGCUUGAGUUGGAGAUUGGCUGUGGAGGCAAACAAUGUUGUUGCAUGGCCAACAGUGCCACCUCAGUGUUCUCGAUAUGUUGAGACUUACAUGAUCGAUGGUCAGUACGACCGUGACUUGGAAUUGAUAGUUCAAGAAAUCUUGGCUUAUGUCAACGACACAUUCCUCGUUGGAGAUGCCAUGGAUGCUUGGAUUUUGGAUGUCGAUGACACUUGCCUCUCCAACAUCUAUUAUUACAAAGGCAAGAAAUAUGGGUGUGAUCCGUAUGACCCAUACGGGUUUAGGGCAUGGGCGAUCAAGGGAGGGUGCCCAGCAAUUCCUUCGGUGCUAAAGUUGUUUAAUGAAUUAGUGGAUAAAGGAUUUAAAGUGUUUUUACUUACUGGAAGAGAUGAACAGAGUCUUGGUGAAGUUACCAAGAACAACUUGCACAAUCAAGGAUUCAUAGGCUAUGAACGCCUUAUUUUGAGGGGUGUGGAGUACAAAGGGAAAAGUGCAGUGAAAUAUAAAUCGGAUGUGCGAAAGCAAUUACAAGAGGAAGGAUACAGGAUCUGGGGGAACGUGGGAGACCAGUGGAGUGACCUGCAAGGAGACUAUUUAGGGAACCGUACUUUCAAGCUUCCUAAUCCCAUGUACUUCGUUCCCUGA